AUGGUCAAGCCGCCACUGACUAUCGGUCAAGCAAAGCAGGGAAAUAAGAAUUGCUUCAAUAGGAACAAAACCGACUCAAAAACGAACUGGGGCAAAACCGGCCUGGGGGCAGAAACGGUGUGUGAGAAAAUCAUACUUCAAAUUUCAAAUCCACGACAGCGACGCAACAUAACAAAAAACAUUCUAUAUUUUUAGCUAGAAUUCUUCAUCUAAUCGCAAAAUCAUUUCAUUUCUAGAAACCCACGAAAUGUCAACUAACGGAAUGACCUAAUUGAUUUUUAUUUUUUGGGAAAUGGAAAUGAUAGUAAUUUUUUUAUCCAUAGUUUUUCUACUAAUUGAAUGUGUAUCUUCAUCAUUUACAAACUGGUCACAGCUCGAAUUAGGACAUCAGCUUUUAGAGUAUAAGAUUUUGUCUGAUCCAAAUUUGUUACAAUUAUGCCAAAACGACAAAGCUUGUCCUUUAAACCCUAAAAAUUUUGUAAAAAGAUGCUUGGGAAUCGAAGAAGAUUGUCGAUUUGAAAACAGUUAUUCCUCGAGCUCGGUGAAAUGCUCCUUGUUAGCUGGGUAAGUUUCAUAAAAAGAAAGAAUUAAAAAUUUGUAUUAAUUUUAGUGACCAAGGGCGGACACUCGAGGAUAAGAAGUUAGAGUUUUGGAAUCAGGCUGACUUUGGGCUUUUGAAGCCACUAUACAGUUCCUUAUCAAGUAUUUGUGAAUCUUCGAAUCGUGUAAGACAGUUUUUACGAAUCUAUUUUAUUUGUAGGAGCAAUCAACCCUGGAAUGCUCGAGCAAUUUCAGGUAUUGCCAUGGAAAAAACGUUUUUGUAGAUUUGAGUAAUCUGAAGAAGUCGAGCUCUAAGCGGUGUGUUAUAAGUUUUUGUUUGGUUUAUGAUUCUAGGUACCGAAAUGAUGUGAUACUAAAGGGACAGAUUGGCGGGAGCUGCGAGACAUUUGAUGAACUGGGCAUUAGAAGCCGCCUGAAAGAACUUUCAUAUUUGCAAAGCUGGUUUGUGUAUCUUAACAUAAAUUUUAUUCUUAGGGGCCAUGAGUUUAAAAAUUUUGAGACCUACCCCACAUUUGUUCUUAAUUCCUCAAAUUGUGAUGUAGUAUUCGACAAAAAGACGAUUGUUAUGAAAUUAGACGCAGCUAUCAACAUGUAUCAUCAUUUUUGUGAUUUUAUCAAUCUCUUCUUAUCACAAUUUUUAUCCGGAGAUUUCUCAAGGGACGUUGAUUUAAUCUGGUGGGAUACUGUAAGUUCAUUGGUUUAUGUUUUUUUAUUUUUAGUAUUCUGAAGGUUAUGUUGAUGACAUCUUUGGGAUUAUGUGGUCAGUUUUCUCAAAAUUCAAACCAAUAGAAUUAAUUGAUUUGGAUGGCAAAAAGGUCUGUUUCCGAGAUGUGACCUUCCCAUUACUGGCCCGGCAACGUUUCGGUUUGUAUUACAAUAUGCCUUUGGUAAGUGCCUAUUUUGUUAGUAAGAGUUCGUUUUUAGAUCGCUGGUUGUUCUGGUAGCUGGAUAUUUAAACUUUUUCACGAGCACGUUAUUCAUCGGUUAAACAUUGCACAAAAGGGACCGACUGAAGAGACUCGAAUUACAUUUAUCCAACGGAAAACUAGGUUCCGACAAAUUGAGAACUGGAAAGAGGUUUGCUUAUUUAUAUAUCAACUGUGUAAUGCGACUUCUCUUGUGGUCUGAACGCCAACGGAAUUAUUGUCGGUGUUAUCGUCGCAUAGAUCUAGGUUGCGAACUUGUUUUACUUCGAUUGGGACUAGUACUGUCUAAAUUUAUAUAGUAAACUAGUCAGUCUGAUUACCUGAUGUCCAAUAGGUCUGCUAAAGAAGUAUCCUUUGAGAAUCUUACCAUCUUGUAAAGAAGUUAGAGUCUUGAACAGAAUGAAUAGAAUUGCAGCGCAACAUACGGCUAAAUAUUGUUCACCGUGUUAGUUACCUUUAUUUACCUUGGAUAGGAGUGAAGAUCAUGUGUAAACUAUACAUGGCUACUCGUGUAUUUACCACGAUCUGGUUGGUGGUUUGUAAAUCGGCUUGAGAAAAGUCGAAUCCAUCCUUUCGUAUUUUUUGGUCUUCUUCGUAUAUAAGAUAAGCUGUCCAAAAGAAGAGAAAUACAGAAAUUAUGAAGACGGCUGUUGUUGUAAAGCAACAAAUUGUCUAAAAACAUUCUGAUUUCAUUGUUUUGCUUACUAAAAGGUUUCUGGAGUGGUGUUUUCUGAGGAAAUAGAAGAGGAGAAACGAGUUUAGCAUGAACAGAAUACUUGCUAUCAAUGAGAAGUAGUAAGGGGAUCCGUCAAACAGAAUGCAGAUUAUGGAAAACAUAAGCUAAAUUUGCGUUAUAGAAAUUCUUGAAUUUUUGUCUUACCAGCUGAAUAGCUGCUCCAAAAGCGCAUAAAAUAAGGAUAAGUAAUGCGCGGGCAUGCAGGAUCAAUACUUGAUUUGUGACGAUUUGUUCGACCUGAAGGGAUUGAUGGUUUUGUGUCUGUUCUGGCCUUACUUGAUAUGUUGAAUGAUCCGUAUAUUGACUCUCCACGAGACGAUGGUUGUUGUGAUAUAUCGGAUGGUAGAUGUUCAUAGUUGUGCGAACUAAAAUCUCGUCUUUAUGAAAUAAGAUUACCUGUAGAUUUGCUUGUAUCCGUAUUGUCAGAAUCUAUGGUCGUGAUGGAUUGGCUGAAAGGAUGAUUGUUUAUUGGCUGUAGUCCAAAGGUAUCCCUGUAGUAAACGGGUGGGGGAAACGAUCCCAUGUUCUUUUGGGCACUGGCCGUGCGGAAAGGUACGGGGUCAGCCAUGUCGCCGAUUAUUCGAAGUCCCUACGUACAAUGCGUUCUGUCCAUGGCCGAAGUUUUAAUUAAAUACGUGCGAGUAUAAGGGAAAGCAGGAUGAAAAAGAGAUCUCAAUGCCAAUCCAGCUCUCUGGCUAUUUAUUCGUUAUCGCUAAAACAGGUGUCUCUCCAAAUUGCAGCCAGUUUUGAGAAAAGACUCAUCUGGGAAACUGAAUUAUAAUAUAUCGCAAGGACAUAAGCAAUCACUUUUUAGAUACGCGAUGCCUUAAAUGGAUUACCCAGUGUUCGAGUCCGAGUCGUCAAUUUCGAUGGGUUUGUUUGUUUGCACUUCUUAACAGGUCAUCAAAUUUUUUAGAAAUGUUUCAUUUCUCGACCAAAUGAGGAUAGUCCACAAUACGGACAUCUUAAUGGGAAUACAUGGCAGCGGACUUACUCAUCUACUUUUCCUUCCUGAAUGGGCGGUUUUAUUUGAGUUGUAAGUGUAGGUAGCAUUGUAUAUAAUGUGGGUGCCUGACUGAAUAUGAACUGACUGAAUAUGAAGGACUAAAUAUGAAGGACUGAAUAUGAAAAGGACUGAAUAUGAACUGACCGAAUAUGAACUGACUGAAUAUGAACUGUGGUGCUGACUGAAUAUGAAAUUUGGCAAGUUUGGUCUAUUUCAAGGACUAUGUAGUACCUAGUGCUAUAAAUGUGUUUUUGGGCUGUACUAAGCACCAAACCAACACCAAUGCCGCAUUACGCCCAAAUUUUUACCUCGUACUAAAUAGUACCAAUUGGUACUAUAGAGUACCAAGUGCUAGAAAUGUGUUUUUGGGCUGUACUAAGCACCAAACCAACACCAUUACCGGCCAAAUUUUCUCCUCAUACUAAAUAGUACCAGGUAGUACUAUUUUGCACCAAGUGUUAAAAAUGUUUUUUUAAGCGGUACUAGGCACCAAAACAACACCAUUAACGUCUAAAGGUGUUAUAAGUCGAAAAAAUUUCAAAAAGAGUCCUUAAUCGGAACCUAGGUAGUAACAGUAACAGAAACCCGGUUUUCAUAUUCAGUCAGUUCAUACUCGGUCCUUCAUAUUCAGUCAGCACCCCAGUUCAUAUUCAGUCAGUUCAUAUUCAGUCCUUCAUAUUCGGUCCUUCAUAUUCAGUCAGUUCAUAUUCAGUCUCCCUUCGAUAUAAUGUUAUUAGGUACAACUGUGGUGAUGUUAGUUGUUACAAAGAUCUCUCAAUGUUACGUGGUAUCUCUUACAUAACAAUGGACUCUAGAUAUUCAAUCCCCCAGGGAAAGGGGGUACAUCCACAGAGUAAUCAACCACACCCGAAGUUUGAUAAUUACAAGUUAAACCCCACGAAAACACUGGAACUAAUUGAAGGGGCUGUAAAGUAUGUGAAACGUCAUCCUUUAUACGUCCAAGAACGUCGCCGAAAACGAAGAAGGGAUGCUUCUGAGCUAUAA